CAACACAACUCCACCCAGCUCCAUCACUGACAUCAAAACCAGCUUCCAGACAAGGCAGAGAAGAAGAGAAUAAAGGACGCGGCAGGGACUCUUGCAUUCGUGUUCUGGAGAGAAAGAGCAUCAGAAACUCAACAUGUCUUUUGAAGUGAAGGAGAAGAUGGAGGUGCGUCUGGUGUUUUUGGGAGCAGCUGGAGUGGGGAAGACGGCCCUCAUCCAACGCUUCCUCAAAGACACCUUUGAGCCCAAGCACCGGCGCACGGUGGAGGAGCUCCACAGGAAGGAGUACGAGGUGAGGGGCGUCAAAGUCACCAUCAACAUCAUGGACACCAGCGGCAGCUACUCCUUCCCCGCCAUGCGUAAGCUCUCCAUCCAGAACAGCGACGCCUUCGCCCUGGUCUACGCCGUGGAUGACCCCGAGUCCCUGGAGGCGGUCAAGAGUCUGCGAGAGGAGAUCCUGGAGGUCAAAGAGGACAAGUACACGCCUAUUGUGGUGAUAGGCAACAAGAUAGACCGCCACGACGAGCGCCAGGUGUCCAGCGAGGACGUGCUGUCCACGGUGGAGCUGGGCUGGAACCACAGCUUCCUGGAGUCCUCCGCCAAAGACAACGUCAACGUGCUGGAGGCUUUCAGGGAGCUGCUCCAGCAGGCCAACCUGCCCAGCUGGCUCAGUCCAGCGCUGUGCUGGCGACGGGAAACCUUCCCCAACGAGAGCACCAAACGGCCUCCUAUGAACAAGACCAACAGCUGCCUCAUCUCAUAAUGAUGUGGAGCUGCUCGGAGGGGCAACAGCACCGAGAGAGGCUGAGAGCAAACUGCCCAAAAAGAGACUGAAAGGGCUUUGUUGGCGGGGAGACGCACACCAAGAGACUGCGUUAAAUGUGUCAAGAUGCGAAUCAAACACUGAGUCGGUCAAUUCCCCCUCUUUAUGAGGUGUGACAGCAUCGAACCAGCGCAGAGACGCUACAGCGAUGAAAGCAGACACCACCUUAAACACAUGGAAGAAUGUGGCUGAACAACAGUUUGAACAGUGAAGGAAAAAGCGCACAGACACCACUUACUGUGAAUGUUAAAAUGUAAUAAACCGUGACAGUGCAGAGGCAGCGCUAUGAAUCUUAUCUACAGCUUUCUCUCAAAUCUAUAUCUGAUGUUUCAUUUUUUUUGUCUUUGUGAUGCUGGUAAAAAAAAAAAAAGUGCAACAACUGUGAAGUGAUGAGUAUUUAUGCAAAAGUCUGUUUACACUAGAUAAGUUUUCUGAAUAAAGUGAACAAGGAGAACUUUGUAUGUUUAUUUUAACAGCAGCGUUAUGUUGUGAGCUCUUGUGCAGCCUGUCUUGAAACGCUGCUCUGCAAAACCUCAGUGUGCACUUGGUGUGAACAUGUAAACCAUUACUUUGCAUUGCAUACUUGCUGGUGUUUUUCUUUCUCUCGUUGCAUCAUUUUUCAAUGGGAGUUUGCCUUAUUGGACAACUGCCGGCGUCCUCUUCAAAUCUGUACAUACCUGCACUACGCCUCUGAGAAUUUAAAUGGCAUUUUCUUUUCGCCAUGACAGUACAAAGAUCAAGAUGAUGUUUCAUGUUCUUUUUCAGUGCUCAUUUUAAGGUAAAUAAAAGUUUUCCAACAGUA